CAGUAUGUCUCUAACCGUUCCCGGUACAUUAUUAUCAUCAUCAUCAUCAUCGCAAGUUGAUCGCUGUCGCCUGUUCUAGAAGAAACAUGGACGAGUCGUCGCUGUUGGAUCUACUGGAGUGUUCGGUGUGUCUGGAGCGGCUGGACGCGAGCGCACGAGUGUUACCCUGUCAGCACACGUUCUGCCGCCGCUGCCUCGAGAACAUCGUGCGCUCCCGACACGAGCUCCGCUGCCCGGAGUGCCGCAUCCUGGUGGACUGCGCCGUCGACGAGCUGCCGGCCAACAUCCUGCUGGUCCGGUUACUGGACGGGAUUAAACAGCGACCGUGGAACGGCGGAGACAGAGCGUCGCCCCCGGGGACAGCGGUGAGGGACCUGCCCGUCGCCACACGGAGCUCUCCGGUCAAGAAUGUUCCUCAGCUGCCGUGUGGAAAAGCGCUUUACAGCUACGAGGGUAAAGAACCCGGAGACCUCAAGUUCAACAAAGGUGACUUCAUCAUACUGCGUCGAAAGGUGGAUGAGAACUGGUAUCACGGCGAGUUGAACGGCAGUCAUGGUUUCCUGCCAGCGAGCUACAUUCAGUGCAUCAGACCGCUGUCACAAACUCCUCCUCAGGGCAAAGCGCUGUACGACUUUGAGGUUAAAGACAAAGACCAGGAUAAAGACUGCUUGACCUUCACCAAGGACGAAAUUCUGACUGUCAUACGACGAGUGGACGAUAACUGGGCAGAAGGCAUGCUGGGAGAUAAGAUUGGCAUUUUUCCAAUCUUAUAUGUUGAGUUAAAUGAGACGGCUAAGCAACUGAUGGAGAUGGACAAACCAUCACCGAUACCAGGCCCGAGUACUGACCCGGGUUCCCCCGCGGCCGGCUCAAGUUCUGGUCCCAGCACGGCUGUGAGCUGUAACGGAAAUGGGUCAGGCAGCACGGGCAUCCACCGGCACAUUGAAGGCAAGAAGAACACAAAGAAGCGGCACUCGUUUACGGCAUUGAGUAUGACGCAGCGUUCGGCGCAGGUGCUGGGAAACAACAGACACUCGAUGGAGAUCAGUGCACCUGUUCUCAUCAGCUCGUCUGACCCACGAGCUGCAGCGCGUAUAGGAGAAGGUCCGCAUCUCUCCUCCAGCGCACCAACGUCACAGGUACUGUUUCCUCCUCGCAUCACUUCUGCAUCAGGAGAGCUGCUCGCUACUGCUAAAGUCCAGCUGCCUCUCAACAUCUAUCUGGCGAUGUACGCGUACAAGCCUCAGAAAGCCGAUGAGCUGGAGUUGAGGAAGGGCGAGAUGUACCGCGUCAUGGAGAAGUGUCAGGACGGAUGGUUUAAGGGAACGUCGCUUCGCUCUGGAGCGUCUGGAGUUUUCCCAGGAAACUAUGUCACGCCCGUCUCCAGCAGGGCUCCGUUUGCAGUCGGGCAGACGCGUGCAUGUCUUUCAGGAGCGGCUCAGGCGUCUAAGGUGAACUCUGGAUCUCCGGGCUCCACGGGGCCCUCGAGUCCCGUUUUGUUGGCAUCUGCAUCUCGAUCCAGCACGCCGCUGCCCAGCCCGUCCUCACCGCAGCUGCAGCAUGCAGCCGUCCACCUGAAGAACUGUCUGCGCCUGUCCAGUCAGCAAACUGUCAAUCAAGCACGCUCCGCCAUGCAGUUAGUUCACAGUCCUCCGGCGAGCAGCAGCCCUGAACGCCCCACCGCAUCCAUCACGCCCCUCAGACCGCACGCCAGUCCCUCGCGCUCCCCGGGCCCCGCGGCAGGACGGCCCCUCUCGAUGGUGGCGGUUCCUCAGACACAUUCUUCCCUGCAGUCUGGGUCACUUUCUCCAGCGUCAGUACGGGCACUCAUACCGCUCAGCUCCGCCGCGGCUGCCAUCACCCCGCCGAAUGUCACCGCAGCUCAUUUGAAUGGAGGAGACCCGUCCGUCUGCCCGCUGCAGCCCUCCUCACCUGCACAUGCGCAGGGUGCAGUCGCAAGCCUCCCUAAACUCGACGAAAAGAAGGUAGAAAAGAAGGAGAAGAAGAGCAGUGGUCUACUGAAGCUUCUCUCUGGUGCUGCAGCGAAAAAGAAAUCCCGCUCGCUGCCGUCCGUCUCCCCGACGCAUGACGCUCGUUCCCCGGCCAUCGAGCCCUCUGUCUCCUCCUCCGUUCAGGGUGCAAUGGCUCCAGAGCUGCGGUCUGCAGGCGGUCACGGCCGGGCGGGGUCGUGUCCCAUUGAGAGCGAGAUGCAGGGGGCCAUGAGCAUCGAGCCGCUCCACAGGAAGUCAGGCUCACUGGACCUGAACUUCUCUGUGUCUCCACCAGCACGUCAGCUCUGCUCGUCAUCGCCGCUCGCCAUCAGACCUGAACCCAAGCCAUUAUCCAGAGAGAGGUAUCGCGUGGUGGUGCCGUACCCGCCUCAGAGCGAAGCAGAGAUCGAGCUGAAGGAGGGCGACAUCGUGUUUGUGCACAAGAAGCGAGAGGACGGCUGGUUUAAAGGAACAUUACAGCGCACCGGACGAACGGGACUCUUUCCCAGCAGCUUCGUGGAGAGUUUUUAGGUGAGGAACAUCAGCCAGCAAACACAUCUCGGGGGAGUCGCACACCUGAAAGAUCUCAUGGUCCAAAAAAUCCAAACAGAGGCGAAGAUGUCACUUGGGUGCAUUUAAAGAAAAACGAUUGAAUUAAUUCAUUAGCUGCUCAAAAAACAAGCACAUUUACUGCCAUUCUCCUCAUAGAUCUGUUAGGAAAGCCCUUUGUGUUGUGGUUUUCCCAAAUUCUGCCUCACAAAACACAAACACUACUUUUCCACUGAAACGGUGCCGGUGUUCAGCUAGUGUU